AGCCACCUCCAACUCUUAAAAACACUUCUGACCGCCUCCUAGCACACACUCAAGGAAGAAAACUAUCCCGUGAAAGGUCACAAAAGGCAAAAACAAAGAAGCCAAUGGCAAAAAAGGUGGCAGUGAUCGGAGCCGGGGUCAGUGGGCUAAUCUCUCUGAAGUGCUGUGUGGAUGAAGGACUGGAGCCCACCUGCUUUGAGAGGACUGAAGAUAUCGGAGGGCUAUGGAGGUUCAAAGAAAAUGUGGAAGAUGGCCGAGCGAGCAUCUAUCAAUCUGUCAUCACCAACACCAGCAAAGAAAUGUCCUGUUUCAGUGACUUUCCAAUGCCUGAAGAUUUCCCAAACUUCUUGCACAAUUCUAAACUUAUGAAAUACUUCAGGAUUUUUGCCGAAAAUUUUGACCUUUUAAAAUACAUUCAGUUCCAGACAAUCGUCCUUAGUGUAAAAAAAUGUCCAGAUUUUCCAUCCUCUGGCCAAUGGAAGGUUGUUACCCAGAGCCACGGCAAGGAGCAAAGUGCCAUCUUCGACGCAGUUAUGGUUUGCAGCGGCCACCACAUCAUACCUCACAUCCCACUGAAGUCAUUUCCAGGUAUCGAGAAGUUCAAAGGCCAAUAUUUCCAUAGCCGCCAGUACAAGCACCCAGAUGGAUUUGAGGGGAAACGCAUCCUGGUGAUUGGAACAGGAAACUCCGCCUCAGAUAUUGCCGUUGAGCUGAGUAAGAAGGCUGCUCAGGUUUUUAUCAGCACCAGGCAUGGUGCCUGGGUCCUAAGCCGAAUCUCUGAAGAUGGCUAUCCUUGGGACCAGGUGUUCCACACCCGAUUUAAAUCCAUGCUCCGAAACAUCCUGCCACGGACAGUUGUAAAGUGGAUGAUGCAAGAACAGAUGAAUAAGUGGUUCAACCAUGAAAAUUAUGGUCUCGAGCCUCAAAACAAAUACCUUAUGAAAGAACCUGUAUUAAACGAUGAUCUUCCAAGUCGUCUGCUCUAUGGAGCCAUCAAGGUGAAAUCUAGAGUGAAAGAGCUCACAGAAACGUCUGCCAUCUUUGAGGAUGAAACAGUGGAGGAAGACAUUGAUGUCAUUGUCUUUGCAACAGGAUAUACUUUCUCUUUUCCCUUCCUUGAAGAAUCACUUGUUAAAGUAGAAAAUAACAUGAUCUCGCUGUAUAAAUAUAUUUUCCCACCUCACCUCGAGAAGUCAACCCUUGCAUGCAUUGGUCUCAUCCAGCCCCUAGGUUCCAUUUUCCCAACUGUUGAACUUCAAGCUCGUUGGGUGACAAGAGUUUUCAAAGGUUUAUGUAGCUUGCCCUCGGAGGACACAAUGUUGGCAGACAUUAUCGAGAGGACUAAGAAAAAAAUUGACCUGUUUGGAGAAAGCCUGAGCCAGACAUUGCAAACCAAUUACGUGGACUACCUGGAUGAGCUCGCCUUAGAGAUAGGUGCGAAGCCAAGCUUUGGCUUUCUCUUGUUAACGGACCCCCAACUGGCUGUGAAACUCUAUUUUGGACCUUGCAACUCCUACCAGUAUCGCCUUGUUGGGCCGGGGAAGUGGGAAGGAGCCAGGGAUGCCAUCUUCACCCAGAAGCAAAGGAUACUGAAGCCUUUAAAGACUCGAACUCUGAAGCCUUCAUCUUCUUCCCCAGUUUCUUCUCUGUUGACAAUCCUGGGGCUCUUUGCUGUGGUUGUGGCCUUUUUAUUCCAACUUCAAUGGUUCUAAUCUUUCAGCAUAAUUCUUUUGCCUUGAUUAUCUUGCCAGUCAGUAUGUCUUAAAAGAAAGAAAAUGACUAAAAGAAAAAAUACCAAAUCUACAUUCUAAUGGUACAUUUUUAGAGUUAGGAGAAAUAAGAGGGGUCGUGGUAGAGGAUUACCAGAAUUAGGUCUAUGUUCAAAAUUAAAAUUGAAUUAUGAAACAUCUAUGCCAUUCCACCCUUACCUUAGUUCAACAGAUUUUCCAAAACGUGUCAUAAAAUAACACUGGCCCCAGGUAGAGUGUGCUCCCAUCCCUGACAGAGGGGAGCUGUGCGGGCAAACAGUAGAAUCAUACAGAAUGAAAAGCAGUCCCCAUGGUGUAGAUUACUGGACCAUUUAAAUUGUGGAUAAAUGUUUGAAAUUCCUGCACAACCUUCCUGAUGCUCUUUCUCUCCAAACUUCACUUAAUAACAAACUUUUCAGGUGUGAGGUCACGUUCCAUUUACUUAGCAGGGGAUCAUUCAAAACGACUAGAGAAAAAAAUGAGAAGACAGACUUAGAAAACAACACUGCUUAGACAGACUUUUAGAGCCUCAUACCAAAAGACAAGCAAAUAGUCACAUUUCCUAUAUUU